UAGGGAAGUUUACAGAGUGUACAUCUUGCAGUUUGUUCAGUGUUUGCAAAUAGAGUGCAGUAGAGGUUGUUGCUUUUCUCGACAACGGGAAGCAAAGCAACGUUUUAUUGCUGUGCAAUCGCAUGUGCAACUACACCGAGAUCAAUUGUCAUAAAUAAGAGAAAGAGCCAAACAUUAUAAAUAUCUAAAUUUACUAUACGUAUUUCUUGGAUUAAAAUGGAUGUCCUACCUAUGUGCAGCAUCUUUCAGGAGCUUCAGAUCGUGCAUGACACUGGGUACUUUUCCGCUUUACCAUCUCUUGAAGAGUAUUGGCAGCAGACAUGCUUGGAGUUUGAAAGAUAUCUUCAAAGUGAGCCGUACGUUUCUGCCUCAGAUAUCAAGUUUGACACUCAGGAGGACCUCUGGAGCAAACUCAUCUUGGCUUGUGGAGACAAAGGGGAGUCUGAUCCAAAGAUUCCUCAUGUUAAAGAGGAGGACAAUCAGGAUAACCAAAAUUUGGAGACCAACAGCUUAAACUCUGAUGCCAGCAGUGAGGCAUCCGAUAGCUCAGAGGAGCUCUCGCCAACUCUUAAUUUUACUUCAAAUCCUUUAAAUGAUGUUUUGGUCAAUUCUGGACAUUUAAGCUCUUCAGUUAUUACCACCCCACCAUCAUCUCCAGAGCUGAGUAAAGAAUCCACUGUCCCGCAGGUUUGGAAUGGCGUACAAACUGAAUUGCAUUCACCUGGGAAAAUUCGAGCUGGCAGUGUUGGAAAGACUAUAGAAAAGACUAGUCCUGCGAGUGGAGAGACUUCACCAGAUGGAAGAAGACGAGUACAUAGGUGUCAUUUCAAUGGGUGCAGGAAGGUUUACACAAAAAGUUCUCACUUAAAAGCACAUCAGCGCACUCAUACAGGUGAAAAGCCUUACAGGUGUUCUUGGGAAGGCUGUGAGUGGCGUUUUGCACGAAGUGAUGAGUUAACCAGGCACUUCAGGAAGCACACUGGUGCAAAGCCAUUUAAAUGCAGUCACUGUGACAGGUGUUUCUCUAGAUCUGACCACCUGGCUCUUCAUAUGAAGAGACACCUUUGAACAGGCCAGAGAAAACGAGGGGAAAUCUUGUCUGCUGACCAGCUUCAAGGUUGAACUGCCCUGAGUGGAGGGAUGUGUGUUCCAGCCAAAGCAUGCCAUUUUGCACCAUACCUAGUGCCUCCAGGACCUUUCAAAGAAGGUGGUCUGAAGGUUGUUGAAACAAUUUCAUGUAUGAAGCAGCAAAGCGUAAGAAAAUGAGAAAAAGAAUUUAAAAAAGUUUGUAUGGUGCGUGAUGCUUGAGGGAUUCCUGGACACAUACACUGGUACCCAACGAGAUUGGCUCCCGAAAGCCUUUGCAGUGAGCAUGUGCACUGAGAAUGUUUAUGACUGGGUGACUGCGCUGUGUGGUAGGAGGAACCAGUGUUGCUGUUGGCUGAGUGGUAUGAGGAGCAAUUAUGUGCUUGUUUCCUUUUGUGGUCGUGAGUACAACUGUGAGAAAAUGAGUUUGAAUGUCUGAGUGGAGGAAUGAGCCUGGAAUUGGGUUUGUCACCAAACGCUUCCCAGAGGGUAUUGUUGUCCAUAGGUCAAAUCAAGGAAGCAGCCCUUCCCUGAGGCGGAAACCCAUUCCUGAAUGAGAGGAGCUUUUUUGGUGUUUGGUGCAGCUAAUAAAUGUGCAAUGUGUUAAGUAGCUUGUUUUACAUGCUACAAAGCUCAAUUGUAGUCCAUUGUAUAAGCUGUGUAUUUAGAGAUAUAACAACUAUAACUUCAUUAUAAUAGACAGGUGUUGCAUGGUUCUUGGGUUGUACACUUCCUGUUCUUUGUAAUCAGGACUGCAAAUUGAUUCCAAUAAAGAGCAGCUAAAUACAAUUGGUUAAAUGUUACAAUAUUGUACAUAAAUGCCUUGAUAAUUUCCUCUUUUUUUGGUUGGAGAAACCACUAUUGCUUAGCAACUGAUUACUCAUGCAGCUAUUUUGUUUUACUUAUUUAUGCCUUCAGGACUAAUUUCUUUUCUUUUUUCCUACCUGUUAAUGCACUGUUGGCCUUAAUGGUGCCUUAUGCAAGUGACCUUGUCCUGUGAGGUGGAUUAUUCACUUGGGGGUCGCAUAUAGUGGUAUGGGUGAUGAAUAGCUUUAUUAAGGCUCUAUUUCACGUGAAGUUGCACCUUUUCAGUUGUGGGAAACAAAAAAUGGAAGCCCUUAUAGUUUUCAAGUACCAAACUAGUUUAACGUAUCAGUAUAGUCUUUUUUUUAGACUAAAUGCAUCAUUUGAGAAUCUUGCAUGUUAUCUCAAAACAGUUUUUACCUUUGUUUGUAUCAAGUCAUAAGAAUUCAGACAUGACAGAAAUUAUAUACAGCACUUAAAACACUUUUGUUAAAUAUAUUUACUACUGUGUAGUAUAUAAAUGUGCACAGUAUUUGUAGAGGAAAUUUAAUUUGAAUGGUACAUAUUCAUAUACACUUUAACUGUAACAAACACGUUUUUUAAGUUGAAGUUAAAAAGAGGGUCUUUUUAUACUGUGUCAAACUGAAGGAAUAUGCUACAGUUGCCUCUAUGAAUCAAGCAUCUAGAAUGGAAAUACACAAAAGCUCUAGUUCAUGCAGUCAUGAAUGAGGACAAAUGAAGAUUUAUUGCAAUUAACAAGCAAGUGUCAGACAGGCCCUGCCUUGUACUGCCUCUCUUAAAUGAAUUGAUAAAGGCUUUGUUGGCAUGGAAUGUUUCAGACUGCUGACUCUGGAUGUUGAUUAUUGACCUGUCCUCAAGAGUGGGGUUUUAACCUAAGCUUUGUAAAAUUAUGAACAGAAUUCCAGUUUAAAAAAACCCAAUUACCUGAUGAAUUAAUGAUUUCUAAAUUAAAUUUCUGAUUUAAUCACUGAAGGGCAACUUAGCCUUUUCUGUAUAGGGACUGUGAAUUUAGAUUGUUUUUAGAGAUUCUUUAGUUUUGCAGGGGAAGGGACCAAAAUUGUAGUUUUUUUAACUUUUUAUGUAACAACUGACAUUGCAUUUCUGCAUCUCUUCGUAAUAGAAGGAAACAAGAUUGGUUCAGUUGUGAAUGGAUGGUUAAAAAAUUGGCAGUGCAACCCCCUUUGUUGAUUUAAUGUCAGAAACCUACUGCAUGUUUUAAAUGCAAUUUUCAUUGGCAAGACAUCUAGUGUAGCACAGAAACUAAUGAAUACUGUAUAACCUUUAGUAGAAGGGUGUACAAAAACCAACAAGUGAAACUUGAUCAAAUCUCUGCGUUUAGAGUAUAUCAAGGGUUUAGGCUAGAAAUGAAUUGCCUCAAACACUCAGGUGGUAAUUGAGCCUUAAUGAAGCUGAAAUAUUUGCUUGCAACUUGACCAACAAAUGUUUCUAUUACUGAUACUGCUCAUUCUUUCAAAAUGCCCUGUUAUCUAAAGAAUCUCUUUGUAAAAUUUUUGUAAGAUUUUUUUUUUGCUUUACAAGAUUUUAUUUGAAAUUGUUUUGCAAAAUUGUUAUAUUUCUGUAUG